CCGUGGUGUGGGUUCUGUUGUCAUCAGUGUCCGAUUUUCUUUGUGUAAAUCAAGCCAGUUUUUAUACGUGUGGACUUAUUAUCUUGUUCAUUUAAUCGUACCACCAAUUCAGUAUAAGGGAUUUAAAAAGUAAACCAAAACAAAAAAAUGGACGACAGCGAAGAGGUGAGCAGAGGGACUCCGGAAAACAAUAAAAAGAAACUCCGCAGAAUGUCAUCGAGGACUUCUACUACCAGUGUCAUCAGCGCUGCGGAGCGGUCUCCGCUGAGACUGCGAAGAAAAAACUCCAAGAAACCACCGCUGCAGAGAGGCAGCUCCUUUACCUUUCUCACUCCUGGGACUCCGUGGGAUUUCAGUCUGAAAAGAAAGCGUAAAGAAAAGGAGGAUGACACCGUCAGCCUGUCCAGCUUUGACCUCAAGGAGCCCACCAACAAGCGUGUGCGGCCGCUGACCAAAGUUUCGUCCCUCGUCAACCUGAUAUCUCCAUCAAAGGGCAGCGCAGUGCGGCGCUUCGGCCAGACCAUCCAGUCGAUGUCGUUACGCGGCGACAGCAAGUCACCGGGGCUGAAUCUGAAAUCGGGCAGCAAGGCGUCAGGGCCGACCCCGACCAAACGCCGGAACAGCACCCUGUGGUCUGAGACGCUGGACGUCCACCAGAAGAGCACCUUCUCCACCAAAGAGAUCAAGAGACAGGAGGCAAUUUAUGAACUCUUCAGGGGGGAGCAGGAUCUCAUUGAGGAUCUCCAACUUGCCCGAAAGGCUUACCAUGACCCCAUGCUAAAGCUGGCCAUUAUGACGGGGGAGGAGCUAGCCCACAUUUUCGGUGACCUGGAUGCCUACAUCCCCCUGCAUGAGGACUUGCUGAUGAAGCUGACGGAGGAAACUGGCCCCGAUGGAACAGUAGCUCAGAUCGGGCAGAUCGUAAUAGAAUGGCUGCCCGGCCUGAACGCGUACAAAAACUACUGCAGCAACCAGCUGGCAGCCAAAGCCCUGCUGGACCAGAAGAAACAGGACAGGCGGGUCCAGGACUUCCUGCAGCGCUGUCUGGAGUCCCCCUUCAGCAGGAAGCUGGACCUGUGGAGCUUCCUGGACAUCCCACGUUCACGUCUGGUGAAAUACCCACUGCUGCUGAGAGAGAUCCUCAGACACUCUCCUCCUGAUCACCCCGACGUAGCCAGUCUGGAGAGAGCUAUCACUAUAAUCCAGGGGAUUCUUUCUGAUAUCAAUCUGAGGAAAGGGGAGUCUGAGUGCCAGUAUUACAUAGACAAACUGGAGUUUUUGGAUGACAAGCAGCGGGACCCCCUCAUAGAUAACUGUAAGGCGCUGCUGUGUCACGGCGAGCUGCGGACAAAGAGUGGCUCAAGGCUACAUGUGUUCCUCUUCUCUGAGCUGCUGGUUCUGACCCGGCCGGUCACACGCAACGACAGGAGCUGCUUCCAGGUGUACCGACAGCCAAUCCCGGUGCGGGACCUGGCUCUGGAGGACCUGCAGGACGGAGAGAUCCGCAUGGGGGGGUCCUUCAGGGGGGCUUUCACCAAUGGAGAGAAAGCCAAGAACAUUUUCCGCGUGAGCUCCAUGGAUCCGUCCCACGGCCAGUCGCACACUCUGCACGUCAGCGACGUCUACCACAAGCAGCAGUGGCUCAACUGCCUGCGCUCGGCCAUAGCCCAGCAGCAGGAGGCUCCACCCGGUGCCCAGCGGCAGGAGGCUCCGGCCAGGGCCCAUCAGGGAGAGGCCCCACCCAGGGCCCAGCAGGAGGCUCCGGCCAGGGCCCAGCAGGAGGCUCCGGCCAGGGCCCAGCAGGAGGCCUCCACCCGUGCCAAACGCCGCUCCUCCGCCAUCUCUGCCACCAUCUGUGAGGAUGAAAUUAACGAGAACUGUCCGCCCGUCUCCGGCCACAAACUCAGGCCCCAGACGCUCUCCAAAACCAGACUGGACCAGAAGUCAAAAAGGAGGACGGAAACUGGAGUGUAG